AUGAUGUCGGCAUCGCCUCCUCUUGCUCGCAACGGUGGAUUGGCGGCCAAAACCGCCGUACGAAUCAGUGGGCUUACCACCAACAUCCGACGCACACACCUCGCCGAUAUCCUAGCGUGGUAUGGUCGAGUGCUGCACAUUGAUCUGCGCAACGACGAGGCAGUCGUGCAGAUGGAGACCGAAGAACAAGCUGCCAAAGCCACACUCUACCUGACUGGCGGCCAAAUCGAUGGUCACUACAUCCGAAUCACCUCAAUUCCCACCCCAGAUCCCACUCCAACAAGGCAAAGUUCGGAUCAAGUCAGACCAUCGCGAUUCGUUCAUCCCGAUAGACAGGCGCACCUGCGAUAA